CUUCCUAUGUUCUACUGAGGUGCACAUGCGCAGUCCCGCGUUCUAUCGCCGACAGCUGUAGGAGAAAAUGGCAGCACACAUGCUAGGACAGCAGGUCCGUCAGUUCAGCACGUCUGUGAUCAGGCCUGCUGCCAAACUGAUCAAGCCUCCUAUCCAGGUGUACGGAGUGCAGGGUCGGUAUGCGACUGCGCUUUUCUCCGCUGCAAGCAAGCAGAAGAAACUUGACCAAGUCGAGCAGGAGCUGGGUAAAGUCUCUGCCAUCAUCAAGGACCCCAAGAUGUCCAGUAUUGUCAUGAACCCUCAUGUUAAGCGUAACAUCAAGCAGAAGACCUUCAACGAUGCUCUUACCAAGGCCAAGCUGUCCCCCCUCACCGUCAACCUCAUCAAUGUUCUGGCCGACAACGGUCGUCUGACUUACACUGCAGAUGUUAUCGCAGCUUUUUCCAAGAUGAUGAGUGCACACAGAGGAGAGGUUCUCUGCUCCGUCAUUACUGCCCAGCCUCUGGAUGAAGCCAAUCUUGCUGAACUGAAGGUUGCUCUCAACGGCUUCCUCCAGAAGGGGGAGUCCAUCAAGCUGGAAACUAAGUCAGAUCCUUCCAUCCUCGGUGGUAUGAUCGUCAGUAUCGGGGACAAGUAUGUGGACAUGUCCACCAAAACAAAGAUUCAGAAGCUGACCAAACUCAUGAGAGAGACAUAAGUUUUGAUCGAGGGGUGUGCUGACUAAUGUAUAUUGCUAUCUGUUCUGCCAGUGCAGUUGCUCCAUGAAUCCAGUUUCUGUACUUAAGGUCCUAUGGAUGUUAAUAAAAAUCUAUACAAAA